CGCCUCCGCCGCGCCUCGGGAGAGGCCUGCUAGCUCGCUGUUUGGCGGUCCGGCGCCGGCCCGGCCCAGAGGUCGCCGGUUCGAGUCCUCGCGUCUUCGCCGCCGCCCGGGUACCCUUCCCGAUCCCGUCGGCGCGGCCGUUGCUGGCGGAGCGGCCCGGGCUCGCUUGGCGAAUCUGCUGCCGCGAAUCGGCGGGCGCGGUGCUGGCGGCCUCGCGAGAGUGCGGUGCUGACCGACGCGGCUCGGCGGGCUGAGGGCCGCGGGCUGAGCUCCGGGGAGCCGGGCGGCCGGGCGGGCCGGGCGGCCUCACCAUGACGGGCCGUGUGUGCCGCGGCUGCGGUGGCACCGAUAUCGAGCUGGACGCGGCGCGCGGCGACGCGGUGUGCACAGGCUGCGGCUCAGUGCUCGAGGACAACAUCAUCGUGUCCGAGGUCCAGUUCGUGGAGAACAGUGGCGGCGGAUCGUCGGCCGUGGGCCAGUUCGUGUCGCUCGACGGUGCUGGCAAGACCCCAACCCUGGGCGGUGGCUUCCAUGUGAACCUGGGGAAGGAGUCAAGAGCACAGACCCUGCAAAACGGGCGGCGCCACAUCCACCACCUGGGGAGCCAGUUGCAGCUGAAUCAGCACUGUCUGGACACGGCCUUCAACUUCUUCAAGAUGGCCGUUAGCAAGCACCUGACACGAGGCCGGAAGAUGGCUCACGUAAUCGCCGCCUGCCUGUACUUGGUGUGCCGCACAGAAGGCACGCCGCAUAUGCUCCUUGACCUCAGCGACCUGCUCCAGGUGAACGUGUACGUGCUAGGGAAGACGUUCCUGCUGUUGGCGAGGGAGCUCUGCAUCAAUGCACCAGCCAUAGACCCGUGCCUGUACAUUCCACGCUUUGCCCACCUACUGGAGUUUGGGGAGAAGAACCAUGAGGUUUCCAUGACAGCCUUGAGGCUCCUGCAGAGGAUGAAGAGGGACUGGAUGCACACUGGCCGGCGCCCCUCGGGUCUCUGUGGAGCAGGAGUUCGAAGUACCAUGUAUCUGUUUAGGGAAGAUGGAUACCACCUUGUCCCCCUCUGUUCACCAUUAGAAGCUGUGGCACCAGCACUUCUAGUUGCAGCCAGAAUGCAUGACUUCCGGAGAACUGUCAAAGAAGUCAUCAGUGUGGUCAAAGUAUGUGAGUCCACACUACGGAAGAGGCUGACAGAAUUUGAAGACACCCCCACCAGUCAGCUGACCAUCGACGAGUUUAUGAAGAUAGACUUGGAAGAGGAAUGUGACCCUCCCUCGUACACAGCUGGACAGAGGAAACUGCGGAUGAAGCAGCUUGAACAAGUCCUGUCAAAAAAACUGGAGGAAGUUGAAGGUGAAAUAUCCAGUUAUCAGGAUGCCAUUGAGAUUGAACUAGAAAACAGCCGGCCAAGGGCAAAGGGGGCCCUUGCCAGCCUGUCAAAGGAUGGCUCUGCGGAAGACAGCACAUCCAGCCCAUUGGGUGAGGAGGACGCAGAGGAUGAGGAGCUAGAGGCUGCCGCCAGCCACAUGAACAAGGACUUUUACCGGGACCUUCUGGGUGGCGGUGGUGGCGGUAGCUCAGAAGCGGAAGAAAGCACAGAGGGGGGCAGUAGGCCCCUGGCCCUGGAGUCCCUGCUUGGCCCCCUGCCCACAGCGGCCAGCCUGGGCAUCUCCGACUCCAUACGCGAGUGCAUCUCCUCCCCGAGCCUGGACCCCAAAGAUGCCUCAGGGGAUGGUGAGCUGGACCUCAGUGGCAUCGACGACCUUGAGAUCGACAGAUACAUCCUGAAUGAGUCGGAAGCCCGGGUGAAGGCUGAGCUGUGGAUGCGGGAGAAUGCAGAGUACCUGCGGGAGCAGAGGGAGAAAGAAGCGAGAAUAGCGAAAGAGAAGGAGCUUGGCAUCUACAAGGAGCACAAGCCUAAGAAGUCCUGCAAACGUCGGGAGCCCAUCCUGGCCAGCACAGCUGGGGAGGCCAUUGAAAAGAUGCUGGAGCAAAAAAAAAUCUCCAGCAAAAUCAACUACAGUGUACUCCGGGACCUCGACAGCAAGGGUGGGAGCAGCCCACAGAGGGAAGACACGCGGCCUGUGGAGAGGGCCAGUGCCAAGAAGCUGUCACGGAGGAAAAUGGCAGCCAGCAGGAACGGGACUGACCCUGGGACUACAAUGGGGAAGAGGUUGAGGCCUCUGGUAUCUGCGCAACCAGCUAAGAAAGCAGCUGUGGGAGAGGCCUUGCUGUCCAGCUCCCCUGCCUUGGGAGCUGAGCUUAUCAGGCCAUCGGCAGUCCUAGUAGAAAGUGGCCCUGUGUCCUACCACCCUGAUGAGGAUGCAGACGAGGAGGACGCAGACGAGGAGGAGGGGGAGCCCUGCGUCAGUGCCCUGCAGAUGAUGGGCAGCAAUGAUUAUGGCUGUGACGGUGACGACGAUGAUGGCUACUGAACAACCUAAAGGCCAGGCAGCAUCCUGGCCACUGGACCUUGAGCAUGUCUUGCGGGGGUCAGAUGGGCCCUGGGCCAUGGCUCAUAGGCAUGAAUGCCAAGACUUGGGACCAGCCAAGCACUGCCCCACUUGCUUUGAAACUCUCAUCCCAAAGUCACAUGUGGCUUCCGUGGUACUUACUAUUGGGAUCAUGUUUUGAGCAAUGUAAGGAAUAUUUUUACCCAGCAAGGGAAACUGAUGAUCUGUGUGUGUCUAAUCAGAUGUGGCCAUAAGUGCCCAGGCCUGGGUCUCACAGCAAGACAGCCUGUGUCAUUGAUCCACCUAAGAAUACUCAAAGGCAGGCACUGUUGUGUCCCUGUUGUGAGGAAACAGGUCAGGUCCUGUGCACCAGAACCCCGCUCUACCUGUAGCCCAAGUGCUGUGUCCCCAUUAUCUUCCUGAGAAACACUACCCAGCCCACUGCUGGGACUUAGAAUCAGGAAAAUACUGGGGAGGGAGGGAGCCAAAGUUGUGGGCAGUAGGCACGUGGCAUGGCCAGCUGUUCCCACACUGAGUGGCUAGGUUAGUCUGGAGCUUGCCCUCUGCAUUGAGCUGCAGUCCCAGCUUCCCUCUGAAGUGGGCACAAGUUCCCCAUUACCUCCUACCUCCAAGGCCCACUCAUUGCUGUGACCCUCUGAAGCAGCACAGACCUCAGCUUCUUGCUCUUGGACCCCAGGGUCUUGUGAAGUCUGCACCCAGGAAUCCAUGAGGCUGCCACAUGGUGGAUCAGUAAAGUUCAUCUGACAGCAUUGCUAGGUAGAGAUGGCAGACCCCCUGCCCCAGCACAGUCACUGCUGUGCUGGGCAUAGCCUUCAUGGAGUCCUGGGCCCUAGCCAGCUCCGUUGCAUAGAGUGAGGCUUAAGAAUCUUUAUGUCUCCUGACUGAGCUGGGAAUGGGCUCAAUGCCUGGGGACAGAGGUUCCCUGAGCCUCUCAUGGGAAGGCCCAGGACUCCUCAUGGGAUGCCUACCAGCAGGGCUCUUACCUCAGGCCUCUCUUCCUUGAUGCAGCCCUGGGAAGGAAGGCUUCCGCCCUGGCUAGGGUCUCAAGGCACACGACCAAUUCCACCAGCCCCUCAGGAGUGGGUGGCUGCAGUGGUAGAGCUAAGCCACACCACCCUCCCCAGGCCCAACCUCUGCCUCAGGUGAGAGGGGCUGGGUGACCUGUACCACUUGGCUCCCAGGGGCCAGACCCCAGCCCAGCGCAGAAACUGGUUCCAGGCCUUUGAGUCCUGUGGCCACCAUCUACUUCCUGCAUGUUCUUAGCUGCCAACCUGGUCCCAGAUUACUAGGAGGCUGGGGGGGCUAUGAUUUGGAAUGACAGGAAAACCUGCUACCCAAGCAGAAAUUGGCUGAGGCUGCUGUGUGGUCCCCUGCUGGGCUCACGGUGCCCUGCUCUGGCAGGCUGAACCUCGGGCACCCUACUGAGGCAUGCCUACGACCCCAUUGUGCUUGCUUUGUAGUCACCCCUCCUGCAGGAAUUCUCUGGGCCUGUCAGGCCUAGCACUCCCUGGGCUGAGGCAGGGGACCUGGCUUCAUGUCUCAGGGGCCAGCUCCAAGGGAGCAUGGUGGGAAUGUCCUGCCUUCAUUUGCUGCUGAACUUCCUUGGUGAUUUCCCACUCUGUCACUCACCUUUGCCAACAUGUCCUAUGUGGAGGGCCUGAAACAAAGGGGAGGGGAGUGCUUGAGAGGUAGGGGGCUGCUGGCCUGGAGUCAGGCAGCCAGAGGACAGUGCCCAUAGCUUCAAAGGGGCAUGUUUGCAGACACAUACUAUUCAGAGUGCUCAUAUGUGUACACAUGCACCACACACUACAUGUGUGCCUACAUGUACAUCUGCUUAAAUGUAUGUCCUCCUUCACCUUUGUCUAUUUAUAACCACUUCCAUGUGAGUGCAUGCCUGUCACUUCCCCAUUCCCAGGUACACAGAUUUGUCCAGACCUUUUUGCUGCUCCCUGUUGAGGAGAGGCAGAGAGGGUGGUCUUCAUUCACUGUCAGAGUCAGGGCCGUCUUGAGCCUGCCAUCUCCUUCCUUCCCAACCUUCAUGGCUGGCAGAGGUUGCUGAGAGAAGCCCCAUGAUGGGCUACUGACCUCUGCUGGGUAAUCGGGGAUACAUACAGGUUUCCACAGCAGGAUAGCUGGAAGCAGAACUCUGGUGUGGAAGCUGGUUGACAGCCCUUCAACGGCUUGUACCACGAGACACGCGUGGGCUGCUCUCUGGCUAGGUUGGGGGGACCAGCCAGGUGGUGUGCCCUCUGGUGGUUACACAUGGCAUGACCUUGGGACCGAUCGAGGCAGGGUAGCAACCAAGGUAACAGUCAAGAUGGGACCACAAGCACCUUUGCUGCCUCGCAGUGCCCUUGCUGGGCUGUCCAGAUGCCUCUGCAUUCCUUCCCUUCUGGGAUCUAAGGAGUUUCUCAUAGGCCUGGUCUCCGCAGAAGCCAACCCUUGUGGUCCCUUCCCCUCCUUUGUGGGGACAGCUGAUGCUCAGGACCCUGGAGCCCCCCAGUCCUGACCCCAUUGCAGAACUGUCUCACCACUGGCCACCCCCAACACACACACACACACACACACACUCUUUUCAGCCCAACUCGGGAUGCCCCAGCCUGCAGGGGAUGCCCCAGGACCAGCGGACUGGUACUCUGCUCUGGUUGGAUUGGGGAUGGGGCACAUGUGGCUCCUGCAGUCCCCUCUCUGCCAAGGUGGUAGACCCUCCUCAGCCCUGGGGCCCUGCCCUAUGGCCAGCACCUGCCCCACUCCCUUGGCUGUCACAUAUGCAUGGUCCAGCCACCCUGCAAAGGUGCCCUGGCCUCUUGAGAGAUGAUGAGAAGUCAGUUGGUUCCUUAGGUAGGGGUCCCCAGCCUGUGGUGAGCUCCAGGAGAGGGCUCCUGGGCAGAUACCUGGGACUCUGUAUGCUUGCUGAGCUCUGGUGUGUGAGGCCGCUGCUUCCCUGAUGCUCAACACCUGUCUCUGCUUCCUGCUACGUGCCUGGAGGGCAAGCUAGUCCCUGGGGGCCUGGGCUGGGCCAGGUUGGCAAGGGAUGGAAGCUGAGGGUCAGGCCAAGGCUGCAGGUUGGCGCCUGAGGCCUGCUCAGGCCUUCAAAGGGGCUGUAGGCGGUGGCAAAGGGCAAGCUCUUUAUGGUUUUCCUGCUGGGAGGGGAACUUGGCUUUGGAGGCCAUUGUCCCCACACAAUGGGCCUGGCUGAGACCCAUGAGGGCAGGGGCCCCCUGGCUGGUGGAACCUAGUGCUGAUGUCAACUGUAAUCCCAACUUCAAUCUGCGCCUUGACCCUAGCCUAUCACUGGUUCUCAUUCUGCAGUGCCACCCUGUUAUCUACCUCUAAAUGAUACUGGCCAGAGAGGAGCUACACCCCACCGGGUGGGGGGCACUCACAGGGAGCUCCAAGGGGCCUUGGUGGAAGAGGUACUGUGUAGUCAGGCCAACUCAAAGGCAAGUAGGGUGAAUGAGAGGUGUCGCCAUACACUGGGCAGCAAAGCUGAGCCCCCAGCCAGCCCUGCUGUUGAGGUGGAGGCCUGGCAGGCCCAGGAGGCACUAGCUGGACCAACGCUGGGGAAAGAGGCCAAAACUGUGUCAAAGGCCUGGUCCCCUUGGUGAUCUGUAGACAGUGCUCACUCUGUCAAGUGAUAUGGGGUCCCCUUUCUUUGGCAACUGGGGAGACUUUGCGCUAGCCCUUUUGUGUAGUCUUCUAGGCACUUGCCUCAGCAACACUUGGGAGAAUGACACCAGCCUGGCUUAGUCACCUGGCACAUCUCAAGGGAUGGGCCACCAAGAACCCUGCUUCCAGCCUCCCACAGCCUGGUGGAGCUGAGCUGGCCCCUGAGAGAUGCCCCUAAGGUAGGGGGCAUGAGUCAGACUUGGGCAGGUGGAAGUGAAUGCUGUGGGCCCAGAGGUUGAGCAAGGUCGCACACUGUCCUUAGGGGCAUGUUCAGAGAUGGCACUGUGUGGGCCCUGAGGGUGGUUUUCAGCCCUCUGAAGUUAAAAUGGUACUAAGGGGACAUUUGUGCAGGCCCAAGUGAAGGGUUGGUGGUUUCAACCAAUUUGAGCUAUCCAAAUUCCUGAAGAACACGAUCACCAAGACCCACACGCACGGGUACUCUGUAGCAAAGCCAACAGGAGAAUUCUGCUUAGCUACAUGACAAGUGGAGGAUAAAACAAGUAACCCAAAGCAGGCAAAGCUAGAGGGGUUGUCCAGGUUUUGCCUCAGCUUCACAUGGAUACGCUCAUGUAAUGGAAUAACGGUUAAGCUGUUAAAGUUUCCAUUUCCUUGUUUCACACGUACAGUUACGUGCACAGACACAGGCGUGCAUCUGCAUCCCUGGAAAUGGGGAUAAUAGGAAAGACAUUGAUGUUUCUGUCCCUGUGCCUGGACUCAGGCUGGGAGGGGGUGGGUAGGAUAGGCUGCCCCCUCUGAGUGCUCACCUUCAGAUUCCCUCUCCCAAAAGGCCCCUUAGCAAGCAUUCCCUCCAUCUGUACUCAAAACUGGAAAAUACAUGCUUCUCAUUUACCUGUGAAUUAUUUCACUCCACAGCAUUGGCAGAGCCUUAGGAUCAAGCACUUGCUCUGAAGCUGGGAGGGGGGCAGCCAGGCCCUCCCUUGUUGAGGAGCUAGGCAUUAAAACCCAUUGGAGUGCACACAUGCCUGAGCGUGUAGAUGGAUCCACAGGCACAAGUGUUCAGGGAAAUCAGGUAAAAGGAGAGUAGACGCUAGGUGCAGCAGAUAGCAGAGAAAACAGGCCACUCUGGUGGCCAGGCAGGAUCUGAGCAGAGUGGCCUGUUGGCCCUCUCUGUUCCCAGAAGCCCCUAGCUUGUGACUGGGGAGAUGGAAAGGGGCUGGAGGGCUCAGAUACCCCAUGUGGGCACGAGGUGAGCAGAAGGAAGCCAGGUUGGCUCCCAAGUGAGGGUCUGGGCAGGAGCUUGUGGGAAGGAGUGGGUUCUGUUGGGGCCCAGUUUAGGGGUCUGUGAAAUAGGCAGGGGUCUUUGGAUGGGAGAGUUGGAUGGUGAGGUAGAAUCUGGGACUCACCAGCUUAUGGAUGACCUUCAAGGCCCCUGGCAACACAUCCCUAGUCAGCAUGCUGCCUCAGCCUGGUCCUGGACAGGGCUGCUAUUCUGGAACAAGAUUUCUCACCCCAUUGACUGAGUGAUCUCAGGCUGAGAAUUCAGAGGUCUCAGGUC